AUGGCAUACUCAAACUGUGAAAGCAGCGAGAAGACUUUCUCUGAGGAGAAAUUAGAUGAAGAAAAUGUGUUUCUCACAUUGGUUCCAGUUAAUGAGGAAGCUAAUGAACAUCAAAUGGAACCAAGUGUUUCUUCAACCUCAGAGAUGGACAUAAAGAUGCCUGUGACCAACAGUAAAGUACAUCUUCCUCAAACACAUGAACAGUUCCAGAGCUGCCCAAAACCUAGUCCUACGAAACCACCCCUUCCCUUGCCAACCGUUUUGCCUCCAAUCAGGAAAGUGAGGUGGGACACUUUGCAGAACUGGUGCCGACAAUGCAGUUUGAGCACCGCUGGCCGGAAAAUGGAGGUUUAUCUGAGGCUCCAGAAACAUGCUUACUCUGAAAAAAAACAGAAUAUUCCUGAAAGCACACAGGAGUACGGAUCUGAGUCAUAUACAAGGAAAUUCAGAACGGCGGCCAGAGCAGGGACUCGGAAACAUAAGAUUAAGAGAGAGGAAGGGACUCACAUCGUCGAAGUGGUAACUUCAGCUCAGGAAGCCUUGCUGGCAGCAUGGGCAAGAAUUGCUGCAAAAGCCAUUCAACCUAAGUCUGCAAAUUCACGUUCCAUUCCUGCUUCCGCUGAGACCUUUCUGGUGGAAGCCUCUGGUGUCAGGUGGUGUGUGGUCCACGGCAGACCUCUCUUAGCAAAAAAAAAGGGUUGGGUGCGCCUGCAGUUCCAUGCAGGUCAGACCUGGGUGCCUGACACUCCCAAGAAGAUGAUCUCUCUCUUCCUGUUACCGGCCUGCACUUUCCCAUCCCCAGACAUGGAAGAUAAUAUGUUAUGCCCUGAAUGUGUCAAGAGGAAUAAGAGAAUGAUGAAAAGAUUGAUUAAAAUGAGGAGGCAGAAACAGCCUGGUUUGAACACGCCGGCAUUGUUCCUUUUGGAUAGGCCAUAUCUCAAUGAAGAAGAAAAAGUGGAGAGUCCACCGCUGAACUGA